AUUCAAAUUUCUGACACUUGAGAUUAGAGUUUAAAAUACACAUUUAUGUUAAACACACACACGCACACUUGCUAAAUUUUUAAAGCGUUAAUAUGUUUCAAAACAUAAGUUUCACGUUCUUGUGCGCCUUGGCGUUUAUAUCUUGGUCGGUGCUUUGCUACUUGGAUGCCAACGAUGAUCAGGCAGAUUCCUCAACAGAUUACAAUGUGGAACUCUAUACAGAGCUUCCCAUUGCUGUGGAUGUGCCAAAGUAUUGUCCACACAACUCGUCGCAGAAUAAUUUUUCCGAUCGUAUCUAUGAGAUACUAAUGAGCUACGGCAUUGUGCUUCUAACUACUGUGCUGCUCUCCAGGCUGUUGCAGUGGUUGGAGCUGCAAGCAUGCAGCAAUCGCCAAGCAGAUGAAACACCACCGCUGAAAAUUAAUAAAUAUGUACAGAAUUUGGCAAUUGAACGCGAAGGGGAGGCAGUCGAGCAACGAGUGGCAAAGAAGAGGCGACCCAUAAUAGUGGAACAGGAGAACGUUGAGCUGAAGGAGCAAUUGAAUGAUUUGCAGACACGUUGCCGUGAGCUCAUUAGAGAGUUGCAUGCCGUUAAUAGCAAUAGUAUGUCCACCGAGCUGCCUUGCAACACAUCCAACAGCAGUUUCACUGGCUCCGAUAGCGACAGUUGCCCCAACGACGAUGAACCAAACUCGAUUGGAUUUCCUCUGGCGCUAUCCAAUGAAGAGCAGUCCUUGCCGCUAGCUGUUCGGAAUGUUUACGUCACUCAUAGUCAUUUUCAUUUUAACUUCAAUGGAAGCGUUCAGCUUCAGGCGCAAAACUUUAAUGUUAACGUUUUGAAUCAAAAGCAGCUACGCAGACGUAGUGAAUUUGCUCAAGUCUGGGGCACAUUUAUUAAGGGUCCCACGGAGUGGCCAAUGUUACCGGGCAUUAAUAAUAUCUUGAUAUGAUAUGAAAGCGGCGCAAUUGUUAUUGGUUUCAAAAUGGAAACGCUUGCUUGUUUUGUUUUUAAAUAAACGGUCACACUGUUUUUAGAUUGCGCGCAAACUAUCGAUUGGUAGUUAUGUGGCUAUCGACAGGUAGCUGGCUAUCGAUAGCUA